UUAAACUGUUUUAAUGUUGCUUUACAGACGCUUUCGCCCCCAGGAGGAAAAAAAAAAGCAUCCAAGAAGCCAGGGAAUUUCGUUUCCCAGCAAUCGGACCGUCACCCUCAACGCGCGCCUUUGAGUGCUUUCUCUUUAAUCACAGAUAAUGAGGAGAGCUGCACUCCUGAAAGGCUGCCACUGCGCAGGCGCAGAGUUGAUUUUUAGGGAGGGGGCAGCGAGCGGUUGCGCGAGGUCCUGGUCAUCGGCGCCUCCUCCGUUUUCUGCCUUUUCCUCCAGCCGGAGCGCCCCGCCUCAGAUGCCGUUGCCGCCGCCCCUCCUCCCCUUCCUCCUCCUACAGGCGCGUGUCUGACGGGCCGUCGGAACCGGCUGGAAGGGAGGGCCGGAUGGAUGGAUCCCCGCGUAGCCUGGAUCCAGCCCGAGCAGAAAGGCCCCGCCAAUGCGCUCUGGAUGCAGAUCUGGGAGACCUCGCAGGGCCGGACCGGCGGCGGGUCGUCGUCGUCGUCGUCCUCCUCCUCUCCGUCCUCGUCGUCUUCGCCUGCCUUCCCGCCGACGGCCGCCACCCGUUACUCCUUCUGCCGGUUUAGCACGGCGGCGGGGCCCCCGCCCCCCCUGUCCGACGCCGCCGCCGCCGCGGGGGGGGCCCUGUCGUCUCCGCAGCUGAUCUCCAAGCCGGCUGCCCUGCGCCUUCUCCCUGCCCAGAGCGCGGAAAGGCGGGCGCCGCGCCUGCUGCUCCUACAGAAGUCCCCCUCGGCGUCGUCGUCGUCGUCCCUCUCGUCCUCGUCCUCCUCGGCGGAGUCUGGCGCUGACAGUCCCGGUGGUGGCCCUUUCUCCUCGCCGUCCUGCGUCCGGGCCGGACCUGGGCCACCGCCGCCGGCCUCUUGCAAAAUCUUGGCAGGCGCCGCUGAAGCGAAUCCAGUGAAGCAAGGAGAGCUGGAGGAGGAAGGAGGAGGGCAAGGCCCGCGGGCCUCCGGCGUGGCCGUUGCCGCCCCCUCUCCCCAUCACCAUUACUACCACCACCACCACCAUCAGUACCACCCGGGGCGCAGGAAACGGGAGAACAAGGCCAGCACGUAUGGGAUGAACUAUCUACUCUCUGGCGGCUGUGUCGGUAUCGUCCGCAAAGGGACCGCCCUCGCCGGCGAAAGCAGCCCCUGCUCUCCAGCGCAGCCCGGGUGCAACCUUGCUCUAGGCACGCCUUGGAAAAGCAGGCAGUAUAGCUCAGGCAUACAAGGGCUCCAUGAAGAAAUAAUUGAUUUUUAUGACUUUAUGUCCCCGUGUCCGGAAGAAGCAGUUAUGAGACGAGAAGUUGUGAAAAGAAUAGAAACUGUCAUCAAAGAUCUUUGGCCUACAGCUGAUGUUCAGAUAUUUGGAAGUUUUAGUACAGGGCUUUAUCUGCCAACAAGUGAUAUUGAUUUAGUAGUCUUUGGAAAAUGGGAGAGCCCACCUCUACAGCAGCUAGAACAAGCGCUAAGGAAACACAACGUGGCUGAGCCAUAUUCAAUUAAAGUACUUGACAAAGCUACCGUACCAAUAAUUAAACUUACAGACCAGGCAACAGAGGUGAAAGUUGAUAUUAGUUUUAAUGUAGAAACUGGUGUGAAGGCAGCUCGACUUAUCAAAGACUACAUGCAGAAAUACUCAUUGCUGCCUUACUUGAUUUUAGUAUUAAAGCAGUUCCUUCUUCAGAGGGAUUUGAAUGAGGUUUUUACUGGUGGAAUUAGCUCCUACAGCUUAAUUUUAAUGGCAAUUAGCUUCUUACAGUUGCACCCAAGAAUUGAUGCUGGAAGAUUUGAUGAAAAUCUAGGAAUGCUUCUAAUAGAAUUUUUUGAACUCUAUGGAAGGAAUUUUAAUUACUUAAAAACUGGUAUUAGAAUAAAAAAUGGAGGUGCCUAUAUUGCCAAAGAAGAAAUCAUGAAAACCAUGACUAAUGGAUAUCGACCAUCUAUGUUAUGUAUUGAAGAUCCUCUUCUGCCUGGCAAUGAUGUUGGAAGAAGUUGUUAUGGUGCCAUGCAAGUAAAGCAAGUUUUUGACUAUGCUUACAUUGUUCUAAGCCAUGCAGUAUCACCACUUGCAAAAUCAUAUCCUAAUAGAGAUUCAGAAAGUACUUUAGGAAGAAUUAUUAAAGUGACAGAAGAAGUGAUUGACUACAGAGCGUGGAUUAAAAAAAAAUGGGGAAACAAAGCUAACUUUUCAUCAGAUCUUGGUGUUCAGUUGAAAGAGAGAGAACCAAUACCUCCAGAGAGUGCAACCCAGAAUAGAGAUACUGAAAUGCUUUACAACCAACCUUUGACUUUGUCAUUUACUGAUAUGCAACAAUUAUCAUCAGGCUCAUCUGCCUCUUCGGUGUCAUCUCUUUCCGGCAGUGAUGUUGAUUCUGAUACUCCACCUUGCACAACUCCUAAUGUGUACCACUUCAGUCUGCAAGCACCAUCUCCACUUACGGCUGGAUUACAUCCAGCAUUAACUAUGCCAAGUGGUAAAAAUCAGUCUGUGCCUGCAAGAGCGUUGAUUGUGGCAACAAAUAAUCAGCAGCACAAUGGAAUGAAGUUUACUGUGAAAGGAGCUCAUAAUCAUAAUCAAGGGAGCGGAUACAGCUCUGCCAGUAAUGGAGCUAUAAGGCAGCCAGUUAGCAACAGAGGUCAUCACCAACACAACCGUAAUAUUUGGAGGAGAAAGAAGUACAGGGACAGUUUGCCUAUUAGCCUUAGCAGAUAAUGGCCAACUUCAGAAUCCUCUUUAGACUAAUGCAGUGUGUGUGAUACUGCUCUGGGGGGAUUUGAGACCAGCACUGAGUACAUCUGUCUGUGGAUGUUGCCAAGUAUCUGCAUCCAACGUUUGCAUGUUUCUUGUGUGGUGGUGGAGUCCAUCUUAAAAGAAAUAAUUGUGCUUAUCGUGAAGCCUUAUUAACUGUGGAAGUUUGUCUUCUGCCUAUCCAUGAUUAUUACAGUGCUGAAACAGCUCUGGUAAGACUAUUGGGAGGACCAUAAAUGCUGUGGCACUUUGCUGUAGCUGCAUUUGUUCAUAAUUGGUUGUUUUGUUUUCUUGGAAGGAUAAUGGGUAGCUUGAAUGUUACUUUCCAUUGCAAAACUUUAUUUGUGGCAUUGUUCACCACCUUCCCAUUCCUUCUAAAAAUGGUUUUGUUGCCUUACAUCAAACAUAACGUGCAAUAACUUGGAAUGUUUUAUUCAUAUUUUCAUGAAAAUAUUUAUGGAAUGGAGGGUGUGCACAUAUGCACACACAUCUGUGUGUGUGUGUAUGUGUGUGUGUGUGUGAUUUUUGUUUGUUUUUACAGAUCCUUUCCCAAGUUGCAUUUUCUAAGUUGGGUUCAUGCUUCUGGUGGAUUAGCUGAGCAAUCACUUUAACACAUCAAGCUGAUAAUAUUGACGCUUCCUAAUUUGUAGUGGAACUGUUGGUCUGGCUUAUGUAUUUAUAACAAUUAUUGAGUUAAAAGGCUUUUGACUAUUUAGCUCACUAGUCUGGCAUGUAAUAUUAAAUUCAAUCUAAUGAGCUAGAAUACCAUCUAAUGCUCUUACAGAUCUCAUGUUUAUUUUAGUGGGGAUCAUGUAGAAAAAUUUGAAUCUUCAGCUUAUUUCCUACAGCUGAACAAAAAUUACUAUUACAAAUCUAUAUAUAUAUAUACACACACAAACUAGAUUUGUAAUAGUAAUUUUAUUUAUAUAUAUAUAUAUAUAAAAAUAUAUAAUUUAGCCAUCCAUUCAUCCCUGACUUUUAACUGCAAGCUACAGAUACCGUUCAUCAAUUUUAUUUACCUUCUGAUUGCUUGGGCCCAAGUAUUGUUGUUAAAUAAAGCAUCCAACUUAAAGAAUGUGGAGAAAGGACUGUGUAGUGAUUCCAUUAAGGAAUCUGAUUAGCAGCCUGCAUUAGUUCUGUUGAGAGCAACUACCUAAAAUGUACCUUCUGGCUUCUCUAUGCAUUCUGAAAUUUUAGUCUGUUGUUUUGUAAAGAACACAGCCCAGUGGUAGUGAGAUGAUCUGUAUGGCAAGCAACUGAUUUAAAGAUGCAUACAGGUAUACUAUGCAAGUGUGUAUCAUCAUGGCAACUUGUUAAUUUUAUUUUAAAGCCCCAAAUUGUGUAUAUGGCCUAGCCCUAAAUUUAAGAAGUACCAUGUUUCUUACUAUCAUUUACUGCAUAUUUUUCAUGUUUUUUCUUCUUUUGUUAAAAAACAAGUUCUUAAAAUUUUCAAAGCACUGUAUUUAGUUAUUCUGCUUGAAGAAAUUCUACCUUGACAUCUUAAUUGUAUAUGGAAAUUAAUGUUCUUAAACAGUGAAUGUUUGACACAGAAUGGUCAGAAGCUGAUGUAGCACAUGCUAGAAAAAAUGUUCAAAACAAAUGCAGGGCUUUUGAAUAGCACUAGAGAAGAAAUUGCAACAUUCCAAAGCAGAGUAGCACAUUUUGUCUACAAUUCAUCUUGAUCUAGUGUUAAAUAUCUUUUAAAUUGAUUGUAAGAUAAUCAGAAAGACAGGCAUAAAAUACAAGGUUUACUAUACUAGCCAGCAUCUGUAUGGAAAGAUAUAUGAAGUUUGCAAGUAUAAGGAAAAUAUGAACAAGACAAUUACUGAAAAUGUACACUGUGGUUGUUUAUCUCUAUCUGCAAGUUGCCCAGUCAUACUCCUUAUCACAGGUUAUAUAUUAUUUCCUCUGGGAAUAACUCUUGAACCAUCAAACUAUGUUCUAUACAUACACGGGUUUUUAUGCCCCUCUUAUACUGAAGCUCCUUAAGUAUACUACCCCCCUUAAAAAAAAAAAAAAAAAA